GGGCACAAAUGCGAUGCUSRWGKWUGCUGAUUCUAAGUUUWUAUACUUUUGUUCUGUCGAUUGUUUCCYUAGACACGACUAUUUGUUUCAGUAUCGUACCAUAGCACCGAACGUUCGCGAGUACGAGUAUUCCUCAUCAAUUUCCUGGGAUUGGUUGCUUUUCUAUUGUUUUCAUGCUCGAGAACUCUGGUCCGAUCAAGCGAAUAUGAUUGCGCAUGAACCAUGAACAAUACCGAUGAGCGCUUCUAAUAGAAAGAUUUCACGGCUGCCCCUUUCGGUGUUUCAGGAUCUCAUUACGCGAGCCCCUCUGGAUGGCYGUGACGAUGGUCCUGAAAGUCUCAAAGCCAACAUCUGUAAACGCCUGAAAGGUUUCCGUGUUAGAAACAAUGCUAGGGGAAGAAGCAAGAAUAAAAACCGUGGCCGUGGAGUUGGAUCGGGAAUAUCAUUGUCUACCACGACAACUUAUAACAUCAAGACCAUCGGGCAGCUUCUCCGCMUAUCCAAGUACACUCUAAUGUUGGCAUUAGACCCGAUAUUGACCUACGAAGAAGUCGGAAUAUUGCUCAACAGAGUGUGCAAUCAAUGCGCACCGAAUCCAAUUUCUGCACUCGAACUAUUCGGUGCUACAACUUUAAAUACAGAUAAUGUUUUGGGCAUGUCGRGWUACAGAGAUGAGGGGAAACAACAUGAAAACGAUCCCAUAUCUUUUGGUAGCAAGAUGAGGUAUCUACCGACGUCGCUGCCGUCACUGGAUCGUAUUUUAAAUGGGGGAGUUCGGUUGGCGACGGUAACUGAACUGGUGGGGAGAUCAGGAGUUGGAAAGACGCAGCUCGCUUUCCAGCUUUGCGUGACUGCGGCAAAAUUCAAUCAGGGGGCGAUMUACAUAGACACGGRAAAAAAAAUGUCUCUGGAACGACUAGGAGAAAUGAGCGAACAACGGAGAUUGAUCGGUAACAAUCACGAGAGCAGAGAUGAAGACGAUAUGGGCAUGUACAAAUCGACCCAGCUCGUUCUCAAUAAUCUGACCGUCCACCAGCCAGAAAAUACCGACGAACUGUUACAAGUUUUGGAUGGACUGGAGUACGAAAUUCUGAUUCGAAAUCAAAAUGCAGGCCAAGCUUUUUUUCAGUCUGGUGCAUCUACGGACAUCAACACAUCUCUCAGCAACACCGCUGUUCGAGGAAAAUACCCGGUUCGCCUGCUGAUCGUGGAUAGUAUCGCCGCACCUAUGCGACGUGACUACGGAACAGAUUCUGCGCCGCAGAGGGCUGCAUCUAUCUUUCAAUGCGCACAAAAGCUCAAGCGAUUGGCAGAUCAGCUCCAUUUAGCCAUCGUUGUGAUCAAUCAAGUCGGUGCUGCUAGUGUCGAUAGUAAUGCAAUGAAGAAUCGUUCCAGUGAAAAUAAGAAUGAUAUCUCCGGAUUUGGACUAAAUGCCGAACAGCAUCCAAGCAAUGUACGUGCAGCUCUAGGAACUUCUUGGCAUCACUGUGUGUCUACAAGGCUCUUGUUGGAAGCCUUGAACAUCCCUAAUUUUAUGCCAUCACCGGAAUUAUCUAGCCUAGGCAAUACCAAUCGCAAUGGUUUCCAGUGGGAAAAAGCGAUAGAACCAACUCAUCUUAUCACAAAAAAGAUUGCUGUUGUCAAAAGUAACACAACAGCGCUCGGUGAAACUCAAUUUGCAAUCACGACUGCGGGGAUCAUCGAGGAUCGACCGUCUGCUAGUCCACAUAAGGACCAACAAUUGUGAUGGUUCAGUCCCAACGCAAUGCCAAAUCAUUUUUUCGUGCGAAUCAAAUUGGGACGGUGCUUGUGCUCAAGUUAUGGGAUAUGGCAUUAGCCUGCCCCUGAUGGGAAAUAGAAUUACUCGACUUCUCGACUUCUCGACUUCACCAUAGUAAUAAACAUAAAAGAAAACAACAAAUAGAAGCCCUACUUUCUCUUUUUGAAGUAAGAGUUGAGCAUUAAGCUCUCGUGAUUUCCUAGUUUCUAACUGUGUGUUGACUUUUGAAGAUGAUGAUCAAAACAAUUUUUUGCUAGCAGAAAUAAAAUGCAUUGCAUUGC